AUGUCUUCCACAGCAGCACCACGACCUAAACCUUGGGAGACUGGCGCACCCUUAGAUGAGCCGCAGCGUAAUGCUCAGUCCUUAAGUGCGAUGAUGACUUCGAAUCAACAGGACUCCGGGCAAGCUGAAGGAAACAAUAGCAGUAAUAGUUCAAGCGAGUCUGCCCCAGAAGUUUUGCCACGACCUGCCGCACUAAACUCUUCUGGUACCUACGGUGAACCGAGUACAAUACCGGCAAUAUACGGCAAUAGCAAUUAUGGGAUGCCCUAUGAUAACAAUCCGUAUAGUAUGAACUCCAUCUACGGAAACAGCAUAGGGAGGUAUGGGUAUGGAGGAUCCUACUAUGGCAAUAAUUACGGAUCUUUUUAUGGAGGAGGAUACGGUUCAGGAGCGGGGUACGGAAUGAAUAAUGGUAGUGGCCUAGGCGAGUCAACGAAGGCUACUUUUCAAUUAAUAGAAAGUUUGAUAGGAGCUGUCACAGGUUUUGCACAAAUGCUGGAGUCUACAUAUAUGGCGACACACAACUCUUUUUUCACCAUGGUGUCCGUGGCAGAACAGUUUGGUAAUUUGAAGGAAAUGCUGGGUUCAUUUUUUGGUAUCUUUGCUAUAAUGAAGUUUCUUAAAAAAGUGCUCUAUCGCGCUACUAAGGGUAGACUAGGAACACCACCAAAAAAAUUUGCAGGCUCUGAAGGAAGCAAAAAUAAACUAAUUGAAGAUUUCCAAAAGUUUAAUAAUGGUGGUUCAACUACUGGCAAAGCCGCGAGAAGGAAAAUAUCAUGGAAGCCACUAUUAUUUUUUUUGAUGGCAGUAUUUGGUUUUCCAUACAUAUUAAACAAAUUUAUUGCUAAACUACAGACCUCUGGAACCAUACAAGCAUCGCAAGGAAAUGGUAGCGAGUCUAUUGAUCCUUCUAAAUUAGAAUUUGCAAGGGCGUUAUAUGAUUUUGUUCCAGAAAAUCCAGAGAUGGAAGUUGCUUUAAAAAAGGGAGACUUAAUGGCUAUUUUAAGUAAGAAAGACCCUCUUGGUAGGGAUUCCGACUGGUGGAAAGUAAGAACAAAAAAUGGUAAUAUUGGCUACAUUCCGUAUAAUUAUAUCGAGAUCAUAAAAAGGCGGAGAAAAAUUGAGCAUGUUAAUGAUGAAACUCCUACACGUUAG